AUGUCCAUGAUCACGACCUCCACUUGGGUGCGCCGCGGCGCUGCAGCCCAAUUCCCCACCAAAUAUGAAAUCGACGAGAAAGAGAUGAACCGGAUAUCCAACCUUGCGCGGAUGCAAUUGGAGGAAGCGCAGGGCGACCUGAGCGUUGCUCAGGAGGGCAAAGAAGAUGAGGCUAUGGAUGAGGAUGAGGAGAAGGAGGGUGCUAAGGAGGAUGAUGGUAUUGAGAAUGGGUCGGAGAAGAAGGAUGACGAUGAUGAUCUUAAAGAAUACGAUCUCGACCACUAUGACAGCGACGAAGUUGAUGAGGAUGGCGAGAAGAUUACAAUGUUCGGGAAUGUCAAGUCGCUGGCUUACCACCAACCCAACGAAGAGGACCCCUACCUUGUGAUGCCGCCGGAGGAGGAGGAGGAGGAACGCGAGGAAUUGCAAAUCCUGCCUACGGAUAACCUGGUGCUCGCGGGUAAGGUGGAGGAUGAGGUUGCUCAUCUUGAGGUCUAUGUCUACGAAGACGCGGCGGAUAAUCUCUACGUGCACCACGACAUUAUGCUGCCUGCCAUCCCUUUGUGUGUCGAAUGGCUUGAUAUCCCUGUUGGCAAGGCUGCUGAGGGACGAACUUCUGGUAACUUUGUCGCUAUCGGAACCAUGGAGUCGGAUAUCGAAAUCUGGGACCUCGACGUGGUGGACUGUAUGUACCCUAACGCCAUUCUGGGCCAGGGAGGAAACGACGAAGAAAAGAAGUCCAAGAAAAAGAAGAAGACCAAGGCCAACGACGAGUACCACGUCGACUCGGUCCUUGCGCUCGCUGCCAACCGCCAACACCGCAACCUGCUGGCCUCCGCCUCCGCCGACCGAACUGUCAAGCUCUGGGACCUGAGCACCGGAAAGUGCGCUAAGUCCUACACCCACCACACCGACAAGGUUUGCUCGCUCGACUGGCACCCUAUCGAGUCCACCGUCCUGCUGAGUGGUAGCUACGACCGCACCAUCGUCGCCGCAGACAUGCGCGCCCCCGACUCCAAGGCCCGUUGGGCCGUCGACGCAGACGUCGAAGCCGUCCGCUGGGACGUCCACGACCCCAACUUCUUCUACGUUACCACUGACGUCGGUAUGGUCUACCGGUUUGAUGUGCGUAAUGUCCCCGCCAGCCCACAACAAUCCAAGCCUGUGUGGUCGCUACAGGCGCACGACUCGUCCAUCUCCUCAUUCGACAUCAACCCCGCCAUCCCCGGAUUUAUCGUCACCGGCUCCACGGACAAGCAGGUAAAGCUGUGGAACAUUGCCGACAACAAGCCCAGCAUGGUCGUCACGCGCAAGCCUGAGGUUGGCAAGAUCUUCUCAACCACUUUCGCUCCCGACACGGACGUCAGCUUCCGUCUGGCAAUUGCCGGUAGCAAGGGCGUCAUGCAGGUGUGGGAUACCUCUACCAACGGUGCCGUCCGUCGCGCGUUCGUCUCGCGCAUGCCAUCUCUCGAGGGCGAUGUGCAAGAACGGACCGUUGGUGUCGCACCAGAUCAGAACGAUUCGGACGAUGAUGGCGAUGCAGGUGAGGUCGAGGCAGCUCCUGGCCCUGAUGGCUGGGAGUCGAUGGAUGAGGAUUAA